GUCUUGACGGGCCACUUCAAGGGCGACCCGAAGACCUGCUAUCUUGCAGAGCUGCCGUGGUGUGCGUGUGCCUCCAUAAUGCGUUUCAUUUGCGAGGGAAACUCGCUGGAUGCGGCCGAAGCUGUAUGGAGCAUCGAGAACUAUGCAGAUAUGCCCUCGACGGAUGAUUGGCUCUCCGAGUUUUUGGAGCAGCUGCCAGCCACGCCAAAAGCGCGAGAGGGAAGUGAGUGCAGCGAAGCGAAUUCGCCAACAUCACCCAUUGUCCCAGAAAGUGACCAGGGUCACUGGGCUGGGGCACAGCUCAGGGUUGACCCAGGCCAGAUGUUCGGCGCCACGCAGCCGUUCGGUGCCACUGGUGGAGGAUUGUUCGGUGGCGGUGGCUGCGGUGGAUUCGGCACACCACAGAUCAAGGAUCCAAACACGAAUCAGGAUGCGCCGGUGCCCGAGGGUCCCAGCGACUCCAUCAGCUGUUUGCGCUGGUCCCCUGCAGCGAAUAUUUUCGCGUGUGGCUCCUGGGACAAGAGUGUCAGAAUCUACGAGGUCACUGCACAGAACAUCGCUCCGCGAAUGGCUUACAACCAUGAAGCACCAGUGCUAUGCUGCGCUUUCUCCAAAGACGGCCAGCGAGUCUUCAGCGGAGGCUGCGACAACAAGGUGAAAAUGAAAGUCUUGCAGACUCAGCAAGAACAGCAGAUAGGUCAGCAUGAUGGGCCAGUGAAAGAGGUCUUCGUCGUGGAUGAGAUGAACAUGGUUGUGUCAGGAAGCUGGGACAGGACACUCCGUUUCUGGAACCUUCAGCAACCAACUCCUGUGGCCACUCUGCAGCUUCCGGAGCGAGUAUACACGAUGGAUGUGAAAUAUCCCUUGCUUGUAGUGGGUUGUGCGGAGAGGCAUGUGCUUGUAUACAAUCUGCAAGCCAUCCAGCAGAAUCCAGCACCAUAUAAACAGGGCCAGACGGCUCUCAAAAUGCAAACACGAGUCGUUUGCUGCUUUCCUGACAAGACAGGAUAUGCAGUUGGAUCGAUAGAAGGUCGAUGCUCAAUCGCCCACAUAGAGGACACAAGCAAAAACUUUGCCUUCAAGUGCCACCGCACGAACACAGAAAUCUAUGCAGUGAACGACAUCGACUUCCACCCACAGAUGGGGACAUUUGCUACCUGUGGCGGUGAUGGCACAUUUGUGUAUUGGGACAAGGAGAACAGACAGCGCCUCAAAGCCUUCAACUCCUGUAAUUAUCCGUUAACUGCCGGGAAGUUUAAUGCACCCGGAGACAUGUAUGCCUAUGCUGUGUCGUAUGAUUGGAGCAAAGGCCAUGAGCAGAACCAUCCGAGCUUGCCGAAAGGCGUCUUGGUCCAUAAAGUCCAGGCGAUGGAGGUUCAACCAAAGGCGGGCUCCGCAAAUCAGCGCGCCAAGAGAUGA